GUCAUUGCUCCCACUUUGUCUUCUCUCUUCUCUCUUCUUGCGUUUUAUAUAUAAAGCCUUGCCGUUAAUGUCACCAAAAAUUAUUUAGAGACCUACCAAACACUAUAUAACAACCACACAGCCAUAGGAAAUUAGCUAUCACUUGUCAUAAAAAACGACUUCUUGAGAAACGUUUUCAACUGUAAUCCCAUCUCCCAAAAUGGCAACAGUCGACCUUGGACUUGAAAUCGUCACUGAGCUUAGGUUGGGGCUACCAGGUGGUGAAGGUCUUAGCAGUAAUAAGAAUGAGAAGAAAAGGGUUUUCUCUGAGGUGUCCGGUGACGCGAAUAGCGCCAGCAAUGACCGGAAAAUCCCAAUGAAGAGCCUAGUUGUAGGGUGGCCACCGGUUUGUUCUUAUCGGAGGAAGAAUAGUUUCAAUGAGAAAGAAGGGCUUGAAACUUCGAAAAUGUACGUGAAAGUUAGCAUGGAUGGAGCUCCUUUUCUUCGUAAGAUUGAUUUGGGCAUGCACAAGGAGUAUUCAGAUCUUGUCGUUGCAUUGGAGAAGCUAUUUGGCUGUUUUGGCAUCGGGAAAGCGUUGCAGGAUGCAGACAGCAGCGAGUACGUCCCCAUAUAUGAGGACAAGGAUGGAGACUGGAUGCUAGUGGGAGACGUCCCCUGGGAGAUGUUUAUCGAAUCAUGCAAGAGACUAAGAAUCAUGAAGAGAUCAGAGGCCAAAGGCUUUGGCCUGCAGCAAAAAAUUGGCAUUAAGGGAACCAUCUUCUCAAAAGAUCACGAUCGUAAUUGAAUAAUUAUUUUUUUAAAAAAAUGAAGCAGCUAUCAGCUAUGAACAAGUGAAGAAUUUGACUGAAUUUCAUCGUUUGUAGACAUUUAAUUUCUGUUUAAUUAUAAUUAUAGUGUUGCUUAUUUUUAUUUUCAUAUUCGGCUGAUGAUUCUUAAUUCAUCUACACAAGACUAUUUUUUUUUUUUAUGUUUUAAUUUGGAUAGAGACCUAUUUUUAUUGUUU